CUAAUAUGUACAGUACUCGAUAGCAUAAAAAUUAGAGCGAAGAUUUUUAUUAACUCCAACUUGGGGAAGAAAGUAACACUCGCAAUUUUUUUUGUGUGUGUCAAAAGUAACACUCGCAUUUCAGUCAGCCAUGCCCUUGAUAAACAUAUCUGCAGUGCAUAUAUACUCUGGCGUGGCGGCUGUUGAGAGUUCUUCUCUCCUUGGAGGUUGCGGUGCGGAUUCAUUUCCCUCUCCGUUUCUUCUUCCCGUUUUCAUCGCCGGAUUGUCGCCGUCAGAGUAUCACAUAAUAAUAAUUAAAGUGAAAAAGAAGGCUUCAGUUCAGUUCAGGAGGAGGGGGCAGGGCAAGAAAUGAAAAGUCCACCGCCGGCAUGUCAACAUCAUCUUUCUUUCUUAUAAUAAUAGUUGCAGAAAGAAUAAACAAGUGCGUAUGUGUGCACUGCAUUCCCAUUUGUUUAGUGAUAAUGUCAGAAGUUCUGACUCGGAACGGAAGCACUUUUAUCCUCUCUGCUUGCUCUGGGUACUCUCUCUGCCCACCCGUCAUUUUCCCAGUCCUGAUUUUAUUAUUAACAGCGUGCUUCCACAAUUGCUUCUUCUCUAAACCUUCCCCCUUCGUUCUCAUCGCCCACCCUGUUCCUUUUUAAUUCGAUAUCAUUAUUAUGUUAUGCUAUUUCGGAUUGUUGUUCACCAGUACCAGGCGCCGCCGCUGUCAACAACAACUGGGUAAGCUUUUAUUUUUCUCAGUCUCCCAGAAGAUCUAUCUAUCCUCACUCCUUCCUAUGUUAUGAUGACAUUCAUCUCAUUUAUUGAUUCCUCUCUAUGUCUCUUUAAAUGCAUCCCCAUGUUUUCUUCCCGGUACUAAAUUUGUUGAUGUACUCCAAAUUUGGCAGCAUCCUCCUCCUGCCCUUCCCCAUCCCAUCCCACUUCUGAAAAGUCAAAACCUUUACAUCUCCCCCCUUCUCUUCCCCACCCACCCUCCUUACAAUAUCAUCUAUCCAUACCCACAUAAAAGGGGCAAGCUUGUUUGCUUGCUUGCUUUCACUUCUGCUUCUGGCCUCUGGGGUUCGGCUUACCUCUUCCCAACAAAGACUGAAACUUUUACUUUUCUUUUUCUCUGUCAUUCCAGUCCUGACUUUCCCCUUCUACUGAUACAAGAAAGAAGAAGAAGAAGAAGAAGAAGUGAGGUUCAAAUAUGGCGAAACUCACAGUGGGAGCAUGCGUGUUCACGGCGUCUUGCUGUUGUUUGCUCAUUCUCGCUAUUGCACACGUUACUCAUCCGACGGAAGUGGGUGCAUUAGUUGCGGUGAAGAAUCAGUUGAUUGAUCCAAUGGGACAUCUUCACAAUUGGAAUAAGGAGGGGGACCCUUGUACUUCCAAUUGGACUGGUGUCUCGUGCUUCGAUGCAAUCGGUAGCGAUGGAUAUCUUCAUGUUAGGGAGCUGCAGCUUCUCAACAUGAAUCUCUCUGGUGUUCUGGCCCCUGAGCUUGGCCUGCUCUCUGGUCUCCAGAUAUUGGAUUUCAUGUGGAAUCAACUGAGUGGUUAUAUACCCAAGGAGAUAGGAAACAUCUCGUCUUUGAAACUCCUGCUAUUGAAUGGGAACAAACUAUCCGGUCCACUGCCUCCUGAGCUAGGCUAUUUGUCCCAUCUAAAUAGACUGCAAGUGGACGAGAAUGAGAUCUCAGGUCCAAUCCCAAAAUCAUUUGCCAACUUGAGCAGUGUGAGACACCUGCACAUGAACAACAACUCAAUCAGUGGUCAAAUCCCAUCUGAGCUUUCCCAAGCAUCGAGCCUCUUGCAUUUGCUGUUGGAUAACAAUAACUUAUCUGGAUAUCUUCCAUCAGAACUGUCAAACUUGCCAGUCUUGCGUAUACUUCAGCUUGACAACAACAACUUCAAUGGAUCUCACAUCCCAGUUACGUACAGCAACAUGUCAAGACUACUGAAAUUAAGUCUUAGAAAUUGCAGCCUCCAGGGUGCUAUUCCUGACUUCAGCAGCCUAACGAGUCUUCUGUAUUUGGAUCUGAGCCAGAAUAGCCUUGUUGGACCUUUACCAGCAGAACUUUCUGAUAAUAUGAGAGCUAUUGAUCUCUCCCAUAACAGCCUUAAUGGAUCUAUACCUGCGAGUUAUUCUAAUCUUCCCUUGCUUCAAUCACUGUCAGUUGAAUAUAAUAUGUUGACUGGUUUUGUUCCAACUACAAUCUGGCGGAAUAUCUCGUGGGGUUCAUCUGCUAGGCUAAUGCUUGAUCUUAGGGAGAACUCAUUCUCGAGUGUUCAAGGAGAACUAAAUCCACCAAGUAAUGUAACCUUAAGGCUGCAAGGCAAUCCUAUCUGCAAGAACACUAAUAUAGCAAACAUUGGCAAAUUCUGUGAAUCUGGUGUUGGAGUGGGAGAUUGGACUGCUAUUGAAAGGUCUUCAACAAUGUCCAGCAUAAGCUGUCCAGUCCAGGCAUGCCCUACCGAUGAUUUCUUCGAAUAUGUCCCAUCAUCACCUUUGCCGUGUUUUUGUGCUUCGCCUCUUAGAAUUGGCUACCGACUUAAGAGCCCCAGUUUCUCAUUUUUCCGGCCAUACCUUGUCGAAUUUGUGACCUACAUAACCAGUUCUCUUGGGUUGGAGCUCUAUGAGUUAUCGAUCGAUACAUAUUCCUGGGAACAAGGUCCCCGUUUGAGAAUGUAUCUGAAGAUUUUUCCUGCAUGGGAUAAUGCUACACACUCGAGUGCAUUUAAUUUAUCAGAAGUUCAACGAAUAAGGGGUAGGUUCACAUCAUGGCGCUUCGCUGGUAGUGAUCUGUUUGGACCAUAUGAGCUGCUCAACUUCACUCUACUUGGACCUUAUUCUCAGAUGAACUUGGAAGAUCAAAAGGGGAGUAUGAGUAAGGGAGCCAUAGCAGCCAUUGUGGUUGGUGCUGUUGCCUGUGUGGUUGGACUUUUUGCAAUAAUGGUGCUUCUGGUUGCUAGAAGAAAUGCUAGAUACCGUCAUAAACUGUCUAGGAAACAUUUAUCCUCAGUAGCAUCCAUGAAAAUAGAUGGGGUAAGAGACUUCAGUUUCAAAGAAAUGGCUGUGGCUACCGACAACUUCAGUAGCUCGAGUGAAGUUGGUCGAGGGGGGUAUGGGAAGGUGUACAAAGGCAUUUUAGCAGACGGAACAGUGGUGGCCAUAAAACGUGCUGAAGAAGGUUCUUUGCAAGGACAGAAGGAGUUUCUGACUGAGAUUAAGUUAUUGUCUAGACUGCACCAUAGAAAUCUGGUUUCCUUGAUCGGUUACUGCGAAGAGGAAGGGGAACAGAUGCUGGUAUAUGAAUUCAUGCCCAAUGGAACAUUGCGCGACUGGCUUUCUGGUAGAAGCAAGGAGAGAGUACUGAACUUUGGGAGGAGGGUAAGCGUGGCAUUGGGGUCAGCAAAGGGCAUAUUGUACCUUCACAGGGAAGCAAACCCUCCAGUGUUCCAUAGAGACAUCAAGGCUACCAACAUACUAUUGGACACAAAGCUGACGGCCAAAGUAGCUGAUUUUGGCCUCUCCCGCCUAGCACCUGCUCUGGAAGAUGACGAGGAGCCUGCAGGCAAUGCGGCCAACCAUGUUUCCACCGUAGUAAGGGGAACGCCGGGAUACCUUGACCCAGAGUACAUGCUGACGCACAAGCUUACUGACAAGAGUGACGUGUACAGCUUUGGGAUUGUGCUGCUCGAGCUGCUGACGGGGAUGCAACCCAUCUCCCACGGGAAGAACAUAGUGAGGGAGGUGAAGAUGGCGUACAGUUCGGGGAUGAUGUUCUCCAUCAUAGACAGCAGAAUGGGUUCAUACCCUUCCGAAUGCGUGGAGAGGUUGGUGAGCCUGGCCCUUAGAUGCUGCAACGAGAGGCCCGAGACGAGGCCUCCCGUGGCAGAGGUCGUCAGGGAGCUGGAGGUCAUCGUCAAGAUGAUGCCUCCUGCUGAAGCUGCUGUCGCUGUUGCCGAUUACGACGAUGAAGACCGGCCUUCAAUGAUGAUGCAAAGUGCAUCAUCGGAGACAGGGGUUUCGGGUUCAAGUUGUACAGUCGAGGGGCCAUCAUCAUCAUCAGCUUCAGCUGCAUUUUACACGAGCAGCAGCAACGGUGGGGGAGUCGGUGAGCGGCCAUCUCUGCUUAGUGUGUCGGGGAGUGAUUUGAUGAGUGGAGUAGCUCCUACCAUAACUCCUCGGUAGCUCUUCGCUCAAAUGGUUGUUGGUGUACUAGGCAAAAACAGGUUGUUUGUUUAUAUGUAUAGUCAAACAGUUAUUAGUAAAAGGGAACAAUGUACAGCCGGUAGGGGUGAAGUUUGUAUUUUGUUUCUUCUUAUCUGAGUUUUACUUCAAAUUUUGCAUACAUACGGAUACGGAUACGGAUACACUAUAGAGGCAGGUAGAGCAAUGUACAUUACCUAUCUUUUUCAUCACUUGACAAAGGUCGAAUGGGAUUACCAUUUGCAGACCAAAUAGAAGAAAAUAAGGCAAGAAAGGAAUGUAACAUUUCUUCAUCACUCGCAACUGAAAUGUUGAUGGCGGGGAAGACAUCCUGCAAGUUGAAGUGCAUCCUAAACUCGUUUGAUGAGUGGGAAUUUACUUGGUGGGUCUCAAGCCAGGGAAAUGACCGUUGGUUAAUUUUUCAGUUUGUUUGUAUUCUUUGGGUUUAAGUUUCAACCGUUGAGUUACUUGAUGUGUGGUAAAAAAAAUUGAACACAACUGUAUAAUUGCUUCCGUUAAUAAGUACAGUAACUAUCUUUUUCAUGACAAAACUCGAUUGAGAUUACCAUUUGCAAAUUAAAGAGAUGACAAUAAGGAGAGAAAGGAAGGAAACAUGUCUUUGUAGUUUGUACAUUCAUAUAAACAAAGCUCGAUUGGGCUCUUAUAUCACUUAACUCACAAGUCACGUCUCUAUUUUACAAAGUUGCUAAAUUACAUCAAUAUCAUCUAGAUUUGCACAACUAUCAAAUACAACAUUUUCUUUGUCAAAAUUAUUGCCAGUAGACACAAAUCAAUUUUUUUUGUGUGUGAAAAACGGUGCAAAGCACCAUUACCUCUUACUCAUUAAGAGAACGAACAAUAAAGCCACCAACAAUGUCAUACAAAAUCCAAUUUGCAAUAUUAGGAUCAGAAGGGACAAUAGCAUGAGUCCCUAAAGGUAAGCUAUGGCCAUGAUGAGCCAGGCUAUCGGAAAGAAAAUUGGCCUCUCGAUAAAUGUUAGUCACCCUUGUCUCUUAGUUUCGCUACUGAAGCUCUCUGAAAGCAAGAACGAUGCUCGCAUGCUGGUGCCUGGUGGUCUAUCGACGCGGUCGUUGACAACAUGUGAACGGUAGCCCGUGAGUCGAGCUGUAGCUCAACCCUCUUGUACCAUGUAUCCCACGCCAACUGUAGUCCCUUAAGAGUGCCCCAUAGCUUCGCGCGAGUGCUCGAGCAUCUCCCUAGCCCCUAACUUCAUCGCAUAGGCCGCUAAUAAGCGACCAUGCCCGUCUCUAAGCGCUCCUCCUGCAACGGUGGACCCUGAUGAUCACAAAAGCGAGCCAUCAGAGUUCAUCGUGAACUAGUCCGUCGGGCGCGGUCUCACCCAAUAGCCAUGUCUCGACGCUACCCCGACUUCAUCAGUGAUAUAGCAUGAUUCGCUGCCUUACUUUUUUGGGCGACGACCUCCCAGGCUAGGAUCUUUUGCUUAAUCUCCUUAGGGGCUUCCAUAAUGUCUGGAAAGAUAUGAUCAUUCCACGAGCGCCAUAAAAACCAACAGACGAAACCGAAGCAAACCUGGUCGUUGGGGCUCGCGAGGUAGGAGAUGAACCAAUUUGUGAAGCUGCGGGUAUCCGUCUGGGUGGCAGCUCCAGGAAGCGCAAGCUCCUAGGCAUAUGGACAAGUCAUGAAGACAUGCUCUGCAGUCUCGGCAUGAGGCCAAGGUUGUCAUUAUAGUGUACUUAUCCUUAUAAAUUAUAUCAGAUCUC